AUGAAGCUCUCCAUCGCAGCAACAUUGGGCUUUUUGGGCUGUGCCCUCGCCUUGCCCGCACCUGUUGCCAGGGAAGCCGACCUGCCCUUCCCUUUCCCAUCUGGUGGCUUUGGUGGCUCUGGUAGCCUCCCAUUCUCUAUUCCUUCGGGCAUCCCUACCGGUUUUCCAUUCCCUAUUCCUUCGGGUCUACCUUCCGGCUUUCCAACUGGCUUUCCAUUCCCUAUUCCGUCCGGCUUGCCCACUGGAUCCGGUUCCUCCGGCUUCCCCGGACUGGGUGGUAGCGGAGACUUCGAAAAGCGCGAGGAAGCUCAUCACCGUCACCACAAGCCAUCCGGUAGCUGGCCAUGGCCGUGGCCACAGCCGACCAGUGGCUUUCCCGGAUGGCCAAAGCCGACUGGCCCUCCGUCCUUCCCUCCUGGGCCGUCAGGCACCCCUACUGGCGGGUUCCCGGGCUUCCCAAGCAUCACACCCACACCCAGCUCGACUCCUACUCCCAGCGCAACUCCUUCCGGCUUCCCUUUUAGGGGCUGA